AUGUACGAAUCAAAUAAGUAUUCUUUUGAUAUCAAUGAUCCUAAUUUCGAUUCUGAAAUUUUUUUACAAAAAUCAUUCAAGGAAUAUUCAUUAAAACAAAUAAUGAAUUUAGAAAAUGAAAUCGUAAAGGACACAGCUUCUCUUCAUUCUGACAUGCAAACAUUAGUGUAUGAAAAUUACAAUAAGUUUAUUUCUGCAACCGAUACCGUACGCAAGAUGAAACUUGAUUUUAAGCAAAUGGAAGCAGAAAUGAACUUACUUGCUAACAACAUGAACUCGAUUACUUGCUUUACUGAGCAAAUUUCAAAAACUUUACAACAUUCCAGAAACAAAAUAUCAAGAUUAUCAUCAAUUCAUUCAUUGUUAACAAGACUUCAGUUUUUAUUAAAGUUACCGAAUAAACUUAAAAAGCUGAUUGAAGAAGAUUGUUAUGUUCAGGCAAUCGAGGAUUACUUGCAAGCUCAAAAUGUAUUGCAGCAAUAUGGACACAUGCCAUCUUUCAAAGGGAUUCAAGCUGAUAUAGACAUAAUUUUGGAUGGUUUGAAACAAAAAUUACAUGAGAAAUUUAAAAAUAGCAAUGCUAAUUCAUAUGAAUUGACAGAAACAGUUGGUUUAUUACUAAAAUUACAAGAACCAGGAAGUGCUUUGUGUAGUGAAUUUAUUUCAUGUUGUGAUAGAAAAUUGAAAAAUCAAAUUAAAGAACUUAAAUUAAUGCAAUUUCAAGAUGUUAUCGAGUUUAUAGACUCCGUAAGCAAUGGGUUUUUAAGUGAUCUUUGUUCUGCUGUACAUUUUUAUACUGAGACAUUUUUAAACAAAUUUUAUGCUGAUGAUAAUACAGAAGAAUUUUUGGAGACUGCAAAAUUACAAUUGAAAGAUUUAGUAUGUAGAAAUAUGGAAAUUUAUUUUGAUUUCGUUGAAGAUGUUUUACAAAAAGAGCAAGAUAAAGGAGACACAAUUAUAUUGGUUAGAGCACUAGAUAGGUUUUAUAGAAAGCUACAAGCUGUUAAUUUGCUAAUUGUUGGAACUGAUUUUGUCGAUAAUGGAAUUGAAAUUAUUAUACGUGCCGGUAGACGUCAAUGCAAGACUCACCUUCAAAAUUUAAAAUCUCAUUUCACUGAUAGCAUGACCAACAUGCGUCAUAAUUUAGCAUCUGUUAAAGUAGAAGUUCAUGAAAAUGAGAAUACUUCAAAAUUAUCCGAAUUAUUAAAUUGUAUUAUUACUACAACAACAGACAAAUUAAAAAAUGCACUACAAGACUUAUUGGUGUUUUUACAGCCGGAUUUAACAUUUGGCUUAAAUAGUAAAUUCCAAGAAGUGUUUUGCGUGGAUUCUAUAAGAGAAGGAGUUGUUAUAGGUUUUUUGCAUCAUUUAAUGGCAACUGCACAAAGUUUCUGUGAUAAUCAAGGAGUUCCCUCAACAUUAUUGCUUGUUUUAUCGAAAUUCUGUUUAGUUUUUCAACAGUAUUGGAUUCAUAAUUUGUUGUCACUAACCGAUGAAUGGUUUAAUAUGUCUGAGAAACCAGGUGCAGAAUUAUUAACGAGUGAAACUGAAAUGUGUUCUCACAUGAGAAAUGCUGCUCAAAAUUUAAUCAAUAGUUAUGUUAGAUCACAAGGUUUAAAUGUUUCACAGAUGCUAAGAAAGUCUGUUGAAGCAAGAGAUUGGUUGCAUACUAUUGAACCGAGAACUGUAAGAGCUGUUAUGAAAAGGAUUUUGGAAGAUAUUUCAGCAAUGGAAGGGCAAGUUGGACUUUUAUACGAAGAAGGACAAAGGUCAGAAAAAAGUUCGGAUUCCAGUAGAAAAACUUUGGCUUACAGUCAAUUGUCACGACAGCAAGUAUAUCGUUCAAACUGGUCAUCUUAUGCUCCAGGUCAAACAGGAUUAGUUGCUAAUAUUCACAAGUUGUUUUCAGAAAAAAUUGAAAUAUUUUCAUCUGUAGAAUUUUCAAAAAUAUCUAUUCUACAAGGAAUAAUCAAAAUAAGUUUAAAAACUUUGUUAGAAUGUGUUCGUCUAAAAACUUUUAGCAGAUAUGGUUUACAACAAGUUCAAGUUGAUAUUCAUUACCUUCAAUUACAUUUAUGGCGAUUUGUUUCCGAUGAAAACUUGGUGCACUUUUUGUUAGAUGAAAUUCUAAGCAGUGCAGUUCACAGGUGUUUGGAUCCUGUUCUGAUGGAACCAAGUGUAGUAGAAAUAAUAUGCGAAAGAGGCUGA